AUGUUGAAGGAUAGUGAACUGAAUGUUAGCAAUGAAAACAGAGAUGAGAAAAAUGGUAGCUGGAAUGAAUAUAAUAAUAAAUUAGAUAUUAGUGAUGAAGAAUGGGGAGAUGAGGAUAAUAGUAGAUGGGAUUAUAUAAAGAGUAAAAUUAAAGAACUUAACUUGUCAACUUAUUAUGAUAAGUACAGACCAAAUAGUAUUUUUACUAAAGCAGCAGUUAAAACAAAAAAAAUUACUAGCUUUUUUACAAAUUCACAACCAUCAAACCCAAACAACUUAGAAGAAAUCUCUGAUGACUCAGAUA